UAGACGCGGCUGAUGUAAAUCUCUUUGGCACGGGGAAGAUUCCACUUAGCCGCCAGUCUCCCCCGAGCAGGAGUGUGAAAAGACUGCCUCGACAGCUCAUUAGAACAUGACCCCUCCCUCCCCAGAUGUGUUUCACUCCUUUCUUUUCUUCUCCCCCCCCCCCCCACACACACACCCCUCCUUCAAGCUGAUGGAAAACUCUCCCACAAAAGAAGUAUUUAUUUGCUGAGGUAGAGCCGAGGGAGAAAGGAGGCCGGGGAGCUUCGCAGAGCAGUCGGAGUGAAACACCCCUUCCAGAGAGGACCUGGCGAAGGGAGGCGGACCAGCAGAUGUGGCUGCUCUCUGUUGCUCUGCAGAAGAACCACAGCUGGUAGGAAGUUGGCCUCUUGGUGGGAUCUCUUCUGUCCUCUGCUCAAGAGGGGCCUGAGAAGUUCCCUGAACUCUUGGAGGAUAAUUGGCCCCCUUGGCAUGUGGUGUGGAAGAGUCUUGGGGAGUCUGAAGUCCCCCCAAGUCUCUCCAGAAGAAGAAUCUGUCCCUUGGUAAGGAAACAAGAAACGCUUGAUGGACGGGACCCCUGAAAUGGACCACUUUGGCAGGCUUCCGUGACCACAGGUAAAGGCGAAGCCCCCUAGCCCACCUGGGUCUCUCAGGGUUCCAGCGCUGCUGUCAGUUGGUUCCCUGAGUUUUUCUAGCUCCUCCUUUGUGCAAAUUUGGAACCUGAGGUUCACAAAUUUCUUUUGCAAGAAAGAUUGAGCGUGAAAGGUCAGCCGGGCAGCUAUUUGUGCUGACCAGCCCCACUUUGACGCACCUUCAGAUUUCAAUCUUCACAAGCCAGCCUGACAGAGGAGUCCUUCAAUAUGCCCAUCGCCAAUUGGACCCUCCAGAAUUUGCUUGCGGUGAUUGCCGGUUCUUCCGACCUGAAGUAGUUUGGGAAUAAAGUUGUUCCGCCGAGCCAGGAAAAAAAGGCACUCACGACUUUCUCCCCAAACUUCGCCUUCUCUGGGUCGCUGUCUCGGGAGGGGCCGUGCCCUCUGGACUUUCCGCCGAGAAGAUGUCCUCCAAAGUCAAAAUGAGAUACUGGAGCUGGUUCGUUUUGGCAACCCUGCUGUGCCAAGAGUUCUGCCGUUUCCGAGCCGCGGCCGCCAAGAAAGAGCGGAAGAAGGUGAAGGAACCCAACCAAUAUACAGAACCCUUCAACAUGACGCUCUCCAACAGCGAAGAACUACAUGGCCAGUCCAAGAUGCUUGAGUCUCCAGACCCUCGCACCACCGACCCACGUCGCACGUGGAUUUCAUUUGUACAUCGUCCUGAUGAUGGCAACAACAAAAAGAAAUGCAGAGGGAAAGAUAAGAAAUUACGUGGUCUUGUUGGUCCCCCAGGCCCCCCAGGGCCACCUGGUCCUCCCGGUGCUGAAGUCACCCAGGAAGUCUUGCUGCAGGAGUUCAAGGAGAUGUUGAAAGAAGCGACCGAACGACGGGCGGCUCCAGCUUUGCCCGCUCCUCCCAGUGAUGUGCCUCCGCUUCUGUUGUCCCUGGAGGAACUGUCCCCCUACAAGCGAGUGGAGGAAGCUUUCCACUGUAAACUGAAAGGGCAGAUCGUUGUGGACAAGAAAACCUUGAUGGAACUCCAGAACUUUCAGAUGCCUCUGACCAAAGGAGCUUUCCUCCGAGGAUCCGGGUUAAACUUAGCGACUGGGCGGUUCACAGCUCUGCUGUCGGGCAUUUAUCAGUUUUCAGCCAACGUCCACAUUGACCACAGUGAAUUAAAAAGCAAACUGCAGCUCCGAGCCAGAGACAGCGUCCGGGUACUGAUCUGCAUUGAAUCUCUCUGCCACCGAUACACGUCUUUGGAAGUGAUCGUCGGCCUGGAAAGUAAUAGCAAGAUCUUCACGGUUUACGUCCACGGAUUGCUGCAGCUGCAGGCAGGACAGUACACAUCAAUAUUCAUAGAUAACGGUGCCGGCGCGCCCAUCACCAUCCAGAACGGGUCUGAUUUCAUGGGCAUGUUCAUGGGAGUCUAAUUCCACAUGACCAGCAUCGCCACGCAGCGGGGAAAGAAAAAAAAUGGCAACCAAGAACAUACACACCUGAACGUAGACCCGCCUCCUCCCCCGGAAAACCACCUUCUCUUUGUCGACUGACUCUGGGUGUUCCUGACUCAGUCGAGCGCGGAUACCCUCCCUCCCUUCUGCCACAGGUGUAACAACAGUCUGAAAAGGGAAAUGGCGGACCGCUCUAGCCACCGAAUGCAGGCACCAAAUCUAUUUUCCCGUCGUAGAAAAUCCAUCUUUGCUUCCAGAAAAGAGUCCGUUCCGAGAACCAAACUGGGCUCGUUUCACCUUUAUGUAAAAGUUUUUAAAUAUAUCCUUGGCGAUUCAUCUGUUCACUUCUUGUGUGACUGAACAAUCGUGGGGGACAUUUUUCAAACUGUAAAACUUUAAACUGCCGAAUUUUCGUAAGACUCCUGUUUGGAGAUUGGGGUCCUGACGAGCCCCCAGGUGGGAGAUGAUGGGGUGGGGAGCGGAGAGGGUGAGUCAAAGACUUGGUCCACUUGGAGCUUCCCAAAUGAAAUUGUAGGAUUUAAAUAUAGUAGUUAAUCGACUAAAAUGGCAAAGCUGUCCCGGCAAGUGGAAUUGCGAUAGGGUCGUCAGCUCUGGGUUGGGGAAAACCUGCAGAUUUUGGGGGUGGAGCCUGGAGAGGGUGGAGCUUGUGAAGGGCGGGACCUCAGUGGGAGAUAACGCCACAGUGGUCACUUUCUAAAGCAGCCAUUUUCUCCGGGGGAACGGAUCUGGUGGUGAUCAGUUGUUUCCAAAAACUCUCCAGCCCCCACCUGAAGACUGGCAACUCUAAUUUUCAAUCAGGAAUCAGAGACAAGUGAAGCUGGUUGAGAAGGGUGGGAACCCCCCCCCCCAUGCCCCAGUCCAAAUUCAGGGGCCUCUCUGUGCCCCCUCCCAGCCGAUUUAGAUCCCUGAUUUACGCAGACAUUCCAACCUGCUUGGAAAGCUUUUGUGUGACGGCUCUACGGUGUCUCGUGUGUGUGUGCGCGUUUUAAAAUAGUUUAAUAAUUAUUGUAAUUAAAAGAACUGUAUAUUAUUUAAGUUAUCCAUGGCUCACCGCAAGCUCCCAGCCCUGCUCUAUGAAGAUUGAACGAUGCAAGUCUGGACGGCAAAAACGGAGGCCACCCCAUCCGAGUUAUUUUUCGUCGGGACUGAGCUGUUUUGCCUUUUCGUCGUGCUCGUUUCACAUUCGCAAGAGGAGGGGGGAACCCAGCCUGUCAUCCGGAUGUGUUUCGGCACGAACCAAUGCAGGUCAGCCGGCAAACUCUGCCGCAACUUCUUGUCGGAUUUGCCGAACUCUGACGUGCCCGGUGGACCGACGGCACAGGCCGUGUAAUUGGGAGGCGUGAGAUAUCCGCCUCGGUGUUUUGUUUUGAUUUCUAAGUAAUUCUUUCAGCACGGAGCUCAGCAUUGCAAGAAGUCAGGCCUUGUGCUGGAAAUGGCAGUCCCAUGUCGAGCGUUUCUUCUAAUCCCUAUCUCUUAGAGUGGAGCUGAACAUUACAAGGAGCUCAGGGCUACUACUGGGAAUGGUAGUGUUGCGUCAGGCACCCUUUCUAAUUACUAUCACUUAUCCCAUGCCUUCAGAUUGUCGUCCGUUUCCUUGCUUCCGUGCUAGCAGAAGUAAGUGAUGGUCAAGAAAGGGCUGCAUCAUGAGAAAACCUGGCACGUGAGACACCCGACUGCCAUUUUCAGUGGCAACUCUGCGUGUCCUUCAAUGUUAAGACUCUCUGUAACCUAAGCUGUUAUGCUCUUCUAAUCCUAUUGACUGUUUAGGAUUAUACUGCCAAUCUCUUACAGUUAAACACUUCCUGCAGGCUGGGCGACGUUGGGUGGUUGUUGUUUUUUUGUUAUUAAGAAAAGGGCAAGAAAUGAGAAGACACAUAUUUCAAGCAACUGCAGCCAUUAUAGCAAAGACUCUUCGCUUUUCUUUUGUUGUCUUAUGUUUUAAUAAGAUAUAUAAAUAAAUCUGUAUAUUUAGUCACAUUGUAUACACCGCUGCCCCCAGGGCACGCAUAUAAAGUUGUAAACAUAUCAUGCGCACCGUACUGGCUGCCAAAACGACCUGGCACGGGAACUGCCGGCUGGCGAGGGGGAGUGUUGACUUCUUUAUGGAGCUGGUUUGGCAUUGGCGGCUAUAAAAAAAAAUGCAGAAAAUUCA